CCUCCUGAAAUUAAUCCUGAGCUCAGGAAUCAGUCAGUUACCUAUAAAUCACCGCUUCAGUUCAAUUGUUCUUUGAGCGGUUUCCCUAUACCUGAAGUACUCUGGACUAAAGAUGGGGUGAAUCUUGAUAACAACAACAACACUUUCACGAUUAAUCGAGUAACUUAUGGAGAUGCUGGUGAAUACACAUGCAGCGCUAACAACAGUGAAGGGAAAAUUGAAUCAGCUUUUCACAUUACAGUUACAGGUAAAUAUUGACUUACUUUUGUUUCUCUUAGUUUCUAUUCUCAUUUUCUAAUUUUUCUUUUCAUACUUUCACCUUGUUUUUAAAUUGUACUUUUGAAUUCUAUGCCCAGGUCCUCCUGAAAUUAGUACUGAGCUCAAGAAUCAGUCGGUUGCCUAUAACUCGUCGCUUGAGUUAAUUUGCUCUCGAAGCGGUUUUCCUACACCCGAGAUACUCUGGACUAAGGAUGGGGUGAAUCGCAGUAACAACAACACUCUCACGAUUCGCCAAGUGAGAUUGGAAGACUCUGGUCAAUACACCUGCAGCGCCAAAAACAGCGAAGGAAGCAAAAACUCAACUUUCUGGAUUGAAGUGGCGGGAGGUACGGUUCUUAUAUACACAUAGAAAGAACUGGAGUCGAUAAUCAAUUUAGAUCUUUGGUUGGAUGAGAAUAAAAUCGUUUCUAUGAUACCAAAUCAAAUUUAAGGACUUGAAACCACAAAAGUUUCAAAAUUGACUAAAAAUUAACAAAAAAGUACUCAAUUGAUGAUAAAAUUUAAAGGGCGAGAACAUGCCAACCUAUAUAUCAAAUGUAAAUGAACUUCGUGAUCAGACAUGUACUUAAUUUUUGGGCGGUUUAAACAGAUCGCCUUUUGGAGCAUUGAGCAAUUUUGACUUUUAAAUAUCACUAUGUUUUGUAAAGGCAUUUAUUAUAAAAGUCCGUUUAAGUUUUUUAAUUACCUUUUUUUCUGCUUCUUAAAUACCAAUGACUGACAAGUCAUGAUUUCAUGUACAUUUUUAGAAGUGCAAAAAUAUCAAAUUGGCUAUCACUGCAUUAUUAUUUGAGUAUUUAUUACUGAAGUUGGAAAGCGAAACAUCCAUGUAAACUUUUCAUUGAGUUGAAAUUUGAAAAAACUGCGACCAAAACUGAAAAGAAAUACAUGAAAAUAAUUCCGCUGUUACGUCGCUAUUAACUUGUACUCCUGCUACAACGGACGAUCUUAGUGUUUAAAAUGACAGAUUAAACGUAAUCUUUUCAUGGAAUGGAAACCUUUUAAACAUUACUAUUGGGCUAUUCUUCAAAGUAAAUGUGUAGUUUGAACUUAGAGAAACUGGUACUCUUUGAACAUGGUAGCACGGGGUGUUGAUAUUACACUUAACAACCAGUAAGAAAAGAAUGAAGAAAUUGAUAAAUAGGUAACUAAAUUGUUACCUCCUGGGCUGUUGCUAAGAUAGGAAAUCUUUUAAGCAAGUAAAAAAUGUUUUGAUGUCACAUUGGGCUGACCUUUACCUUUCUAUAUCAAAAGUGAAGAAAACUGAUUGCAUAACAAACUUGGAUUAAAAAUAGGCUCGGCAAUAACGUAGUUUGCUUCCAUUUUGGAACUAGUUAAUUUAGGGUUGGAUAAGGGAGGGGGGAGAGGGGGUUAAAAUGGAAUGCGACUCUUUGUUAAGCUUGGUGAUCUUUUUACUUCAAGUCUCUCCCCAGAUCAUUGAGCCUCCGAAAAGCAAAUCUGUUAACGAAGGAUACCCUGUAAACUUUAGUUGCGUAGCCUCAGGUAUUCCAACACCAACCUUCGUCUGGACUUUUAAUAAUGGUGACCUGCCAUCUGGUAUCAAUCAAACCGAUCACGAAGAAGAAUCAUUGCUAGUUUUGCCAAGUGUCACGAAAGGGAUGAAUGGGACUUACAAGUGUACAGCAAAAAACAAAGCAAACACAAUCAGUUCCUCAGCAACUCUGCGUGUUUAUGGUAAGUUCAGUUAUAAUGAUACUGAUGAUGAUGAUAAUGAUGAUGAUGAUGACGACGAUGAUGAUGACGUUGAUAAUGACGAUGAUGAUGUUGAAGAUGAAGGAGAGAAAUAGGGAGAGAAGAAAUUAAGACAGGAAUUGAACUUGUAAAUCCAUGGGAAAUGGCGACGAAGAAAAGGAAUAGCGCGAAAAGAAUGUAGGCAAACUCGGCCCAUUUGUGUGAAAGUAAAACAAAGCGUUAUCCACCAGAUAGAAUUUUAUCUUGUGGACAAUGUUAUCUACCCUUCGAACGACCGGGGCCUGACCUUUAAAAAACGGGUGAUACCAAUGCUUAAUACUAAUGUCCUUGGAUCUUUAUGAUUACAAACGCAAAAAGCUGCGUAGAUCUGAGUAGGAAAGAAACGCUUAGGAAAAAGGACAUGUGAUGACGCUAUAGAGAGUUGAUUGGUUCGAAAUACUUGACGAUAUGCAAUGUACUUCCAUGCUGGAAAAAUCUGAAGAAGAGACUUCCGAGACGGAGAGAUCCAGAAUCUAAGAAGAAAGCAAAAACCAAGCAAGACGCAAAGGCCAAAGUUACAUACGACACAUAAUUGGUAUUCUCUACAUUUAACGACAAAACUAAAUCAGAGGAAACUACUUAAUUAAAGCGAAUACGCUUCUAUCCGUGACCGAAAUCGGAGGUCGAAUAGCGAUUAAGCAUUUGAAAGAAUUCUCUCGAACCCUCAAUUCUCUUAGAUCUCUCCACAAAGUUGAUUUAUGGCUUUUGUAACUCGUAAUGUGACUCAGCCAAUGAGGAUGGAGAAUAUCACAGAAUCAAGAUUUAUGGAUUUACAUGCUGAAAAAGCAUGAAAUGAAAUUUUCUUCCCAAGCUGGUCCAAGAAGCCGAGAGCCAAUCAUAUGGCGCAUAUCGCUUUUUUUACUUGUGAGGAAACGCGUAUCGUGCUUUUUUACCCGUAAAGCGUGUUAUUCUUAUUAAUCCUUCACUGGCAUAGUUUCCGUUCGUAGCAUUAUAAAAAUCGGCUCGCAGGACUUUCUAUUAGAUCAAAUCACUUACAAAAGAUGACUGAGGAACUCUGUGGAGAGUUAUGCGGAAUAAAAAGUAUGCAGAACAAAAAGAGAAAGAGAAAAGAGCGAGUCGGUUUGUACCAGAAGUCUCAUUGGUUCGAUGCGCACACCUGUUCGAUUUCCGAAUACUACCAACUCGUGCGUAAAAUGCCCUACAGACAGACUUACAUGAAGUAUUCUCUAUCGAUUGAAUUGUCAUAACAGCUCUUGAUUCUAGUUCCGUCUAUGGUAUCCACAAUUUAUCCAUAGAAAUUUAACCGUGUCAGCUUAAGAGAAUGUUGUAAGUCCACUCGAGAAAAUGUAGUAAGUCCACUCUCCUCAGGAAGUGAUGGGAAACCACCUAAUGAAGUUGUAGCAGUACUUUACAGUUUAGACGUACGAUCAUCUACUUGAAAUCACAUCCGCUACCGCAUUGCUGGAAAAGAAAAAAACUUGGUGUUGCAUGACUUACUUGUUAUGUCCUUUUGACACAAGGGUGCAGAAAAAAGAACAAGAGAAGAUGGAACAUUAUCAAGACCUUAUUUUAGAAGUUCAGCGGAGGAUCUGGGGCGGUUGAAACAGUUACCAGGAAAUUUAAAACAUAAGGGCUUCAAGCCUGUUCUGAAACUCUUUCGAAAACUCACGAAACUCACAUGGAAACACUUUUUUUUCUUCUUUUUCUUCUUCGCAUUUGACUCGUUUUGUUUCCAUGUUUUUUUUGUUUUGCUUUGCUUUUUGGAGUGUUUCUAAUGCAGUUGAAGUUUUAAGGCGACAAUAGCAUUCUAACGAAUUUCCCCUUUUUCAACGCAGGAAAAGCCUCAGCUCUAGUUGUUACAGAGACAAACACAGCACUCACCAAAGGAGAUGCCCUCAUAUUAACCUGCAAAGUCAACAAAGAAACAACAAGUAUAAAGUGGAAAAAAGAUGGAGACCUAAUAACAGAAAGAGCAAUUAUAAAUACCAAAUUAGAUGAGAGAAAGAGUAAACUUGCUCUUAUUAGUGUUGUGGAAGAGGACAGUGGUGAAUAUUCUUGUGAAGCUCGUAACAAGCUAGGAACUGUGGCUCGCUCUGUUGUGACAGUAAAUAUCAAAGGUAAGUUGUAUAAGGAACUACAUACAAUUUCAGUAAUCAACUAUGUAAGGUCAUUAUCAUAAAAUACACGUCCGCCUUUUAUUUUCCUCACUAAAAUUUUUCCAGUCUUUUUGAGUCUUCUGGGAACUAAAAAUAUGAAGGAAAUUUGAAAAACCUGUUUCAAGACGAGUAUAAAACAGUCGCAGCAUGUUAUACAUAUUCUAUAAUUCUUUCACCAAUCUUCUCUUUCUACCUGCCUGUUUUUUGUAAAGCAACACAUCUGCGUCUGUUUUUUCAAGGUUGUUCCCGGUUACCCAACGCGAGCAAUGAACAACGUAACUUGUUGGAACAAAAAAAAAAAGCUCUCUUUCUAGAUAGUCGGUGAUAUUAAUUUUUAUUCUUAAUGCCGACCAGCAAAUUACUUUCCUACUAAGCCUCUUUCAUUAUUAUAUUUCAGGAAUUUCAGAGGCUCCCUCCAGCAGCUCGUCUUCCUCCAGCAGCUCACUGGAGUGGUACUACAUUGGGGGACCUUUGGCUGCUGUCGUUUUUCUAGUGGCGCUCAUUUCAUACGUUACAAAACGUCGUGAGACAGGUAAAAUGUUACCAUACGGAAAUAAAAUGUCUUCAUAUGGCAGAUUGUGGCUUUUAAUACGUUAGUGUUUUGGAGCACGAAGGAGCUAUUUUAAGCAGGUCAUAUUCUGCAUUUCCAACACCGAUUUUGAAGGUCCCUCUACAGUCCCGGCAAAGCCCAUUACUGAUCAAAUUACAAAAACCUUACAAAUUAUAUGAAACUAAUUACCAUGAUAACCCACCUUGUUCCUUCUCCCGUUGUUUGACAACAGAGUCAAAUAUAAGUUACACGUGGUUUCUGAGUCGCAAACUUUAACUUUGUUUAUGAUGUCAUUCUUACUCACAACGAAGCGAUUCUUUCAUCUCUUUCCACAUAUCCUUUGAUAAUAGCCCCACCUGAGGUGCCACCCAGGCUGCAGUAAGUGAAUUGUCUUUUUUUUUUUGACGCUCACUGUUUGAACGUGCGGUUAUUUCCGAAGUUUCUAACUCUUGAAUAAGUUUUAGUAGAGUAGUGAUAAGUGUCACUGCUGAGCAAAUACGUCUUUUUUUAUCAGUUUGGACCGAUUAUAUUCACCAUUAAGAGCACACUGGCCAAAAUAAAAGGUUUUUCUUUCGAAGCAGCUGCAGUUUCAAAGAGGUUCUUAUCAAAUCGCAGUCAAAUGUUUCCUAAUAUUCUUUAUGUUUUGGAUUCGUUCGUCCUUCAAUUGUUUUAACGCCUUGUUUAAUAUCUUUUUUUUUUGUUACCAGUAUGCAUGGUUGUGGGUGGCGUACUUUUAGGAAGAAGAGAAGCUUUGACCCUUCGUCACUCUUUGUUACAGAAAUUACAGUUGAAAUACACUCGGAGUCUUGUAGACCGAUUUAAAAUACCACUCGAUAUAUUGAUUGUAGACAAUACUUCGGAUGGUUUGGUUAGUAUUUUAUUUCUCGCGUAGGAGGCACGAUAUUUAUAUGGUGUAAAAUGCCGAAAAACACAGUUAGGUUAGGUUAUUUUGAGGUUAUCUUCUAUCUUUAUUCAAUUUUUUUUCAAUAAAAUCUCCUCUCUGGGUCGAUGCGUCGAAAAAACGGGUUCAGUAAAUUAGCAUCCAAAUUUCACCUAUUUCAAUAAUUUUUCAUUGGCAAGUGAUAAUUUUCUUAAGCACCUGGAAAUGAAAUGAAAAGAAAAAAUUUAAAUUGAAGAUAUAGAGGAUAUCUUUACCACGUUAUGUUAAACCAGAUUCAAAGAAGGAAAAGAUAGAUAGAUAACAAAGAUAGUUAAAGUCUUGUUUUCAUCUGCAAUUAUUCAGUGAAGGGGAAGAUGAAGUUGAGAUGGAUCAGCUGAACGCAAACACAGACGGAUGGGAGAUUGCAGUUGACCGCCUGAUCCUUCGCGAGCAUAUUGGCAAAGGGGCAUUCGGUUCAGUGUGGCGAGCGCUACUGGGUCGUUCCCGUGGCAGACCUGGAAAUCGCACAGUUGCUGCGAAAUGCUACCUACGUAAGUACUUUUUCAGGUCUUUCUUUCAUACAAAGCUUGAUUGAACUAUCCUGUAUUAAUUUUUUGAGUAAUUUAUCUCAAUAAAGAGCAUUUCUCUUAGAACAUGCUUUAUUAACCUACCUAAUACAUAACAUGGAGAGCUUAAAAACUAUGCGCUGUUCAAAUGAUUUAUCAGCUGGCAUGUCAAAUUAAUUGUUAGCGGAUGGUUCUCGGGGGGACCAGUUGUUAAAUCUUUUGUCAUACAACGCUAUUAAAAUAGAACAGAACACGAAUAUCAUUUGGAGUAUAAGAAGCUGUGGAGAAAAAUGAAAAUUUAUCGAUUAAAUUGCAUUCAAGUGUAUAAAAGCGGAAAAUACUACAAUACUAAAAAUGUCACUCUGUUGUAUAUUUUGCAAAGUUGCCCGCUUAGAAACUUUUAGUGGGAAAUAAUGUCAUGAGACCUCAAAGAAACCUUGAGAGGGUGAGUCUAGCGGAAAAAACUCGAAGCCAUUUGCCAGUCUAGUGGUGGUAGUAUGAUCUUCUUGCGCUGGACAAGCUGAAAAUCACAAUGCAGUAGAACCUGUAUUUAGCGGUCACCUUGUAAUAAGCGGUCAGUUUUGAAAGUCCCGAAACUUUCCUCCUUUACUUAUAGUACUUUUUAUAUCAGGCGGUUGUGGUCACCUUUUACUAAGUGCCAACAGCCUAUUUGUAAUGUUCCCCACCUUUAUCGAACGGUCACUAAAGCGGAAGUACUCAAAUAAAAUUAAGAAUAAUCUUUCAAGUAAAAUUUAAUCCAUGUUUAUCUCCCGAAAUCAGUGUUAGGAAUAUUUUUUAGCGAGGUUGUGUAUGUUAAGUGGUCCGUGAUGGCAUAGAGUGGCAUUUUUUAAACUUUUAUCGAUAGUAGCCCUAUUCCGUGGAACCUAUAUUAAACGGUCAACCAUCCCCGCGCGUGACGGCUAAAUACAGGUUCGACUGUAACAAACUUAGAGAGUCAAAUGAAUUUAUAAUAACUCUGGGAAUGCUUACGAAUUAUUGUAGCUUUUAGUAAGAUAAAAGCAAGGAUUAUCUAAUUUAUGACUUGUAGGAAACAAGAUGGCGCAAACAGAGCAUGUAUUUAAAAAAAACUGUCUCAAAUAUAUAUUCGAUCGACUAUUAGGUAUUAUAACAGAUGGAAUUUCUUGGCUUAAUUGCGUCUCUACUUUUGUAAGUAAUCUGUAAACAAUUGCACGGUUCAAUGGGCUUGCCUAGUUAACAACAAUGCUAAAGAUGCCCAGCGUUUUCUUAGCAAAUAUUUUUUUUCAAGGAGGAUGAAUCUAUUUUGGAAAUUUCAUGUUCAAUAAAUUGAACAAUACGGCUAACUGACAUUUUUGUCGCAAGUAUGGAUUAUAAAUGGUUAAGAAUAUAUGAAAGUCAUAUAUUUGAACUGCGGAUAAAGACGUUAAUGAAAGUGAUCCUCGCAGUAAUGUGCACUACUUAGGCAGUAGUGAAAAUAAGGCCUGAAAAAAAAAAAAAAAAAAAAAAAUUCAGGCCUAUACGGGAUCAGGCCUUAUUUUCACUACUGCCUAAGUAGUGCACAUUACUGCGAGGAUCACUUUCAUUAAAGUAUGGAUUAUAUUGACGACUUUCAUAAUGGCCGAAGGCGCGCGGAACUGGUAACGAUUUUGCAUGGAAACGAGGCCACAAAGGCCUCUCAGACGUAAACAUAGCGCGCGUGUAGUGGUUUUAGGUCAAGUUUUUGCUUUUGUGUGAAGACAACAAUACUCAAUUGGGGUCAAUCACCGCUUAGAAUAUACAUUUAGGAACAGAAAGGAAUGCCUACACACUGCUGCGUUCCAGGAUGCACCAAAAAAGGCUAUCGCGAAGAGUAUGGGUCGAAAGUGUCGUACUUUCAAUUUCCUAGAGAAAAAAUGGUAAAGAAGAAAUGGAUACAGGCCAUCAGGCGAGACGAAGGAAAAGACUUUAAAAUAUCCGACUCAACAAAGGUCUGUUCCAGACAUUUUAAAAAUGAAGAUCUAAAAAAGACUCUUGCGGGGAAAAUAUGUCUAAAACCUGGCGCCAUACCUUCGAUAUUUUCCUGGAUUCGCACGUCGCCUCGCAAGAGGAAACCACCGACAGAAAGGAACGUUUGCGAACCAGUGGCGUCGAUUGCCGCUGUUUCUAUAUCGAAUGCAUCUGCCGAGAGUGUGGUGGAAUUUGAUUUGGAAGUAAAAGUGGAAGUAAGUAUCGGUUUGACUACCAGUGUUGUUGAGAAUCAGAAUAUAAUCUUGCCAGAAAAGGAAUGUUAUGAUUUGACGGAAACCAUCACAAACAAAAACAAAAGAAUUGAAGAAUUAGAACAGGAAAUCAAUGGCAUUAAAUUGCGAUUAGAAAAUGCUCAGCGGCAAAUCACAAACCUUACAAAGAAACAGUUUGUGCUCGAGAACUUGAAAGCUAAGAAAAAUACAGCAGCUUUUUACACUGGUUUUAAUAACUGGGAUGCUUUUGAGGCGGUGUACAAUUAUCUUGAUCCCGGAGAACGAGGAGGAAACAUUGCUUACUGGCGUUCUGGAAAUGGUGAGGUCCCUGUUGAUUAUGACCAGGAUCAGUCAAAGGACUCUUUCACGAAAAAAGGAAGAGCUAGGUCUUUGAGGCCAAUGGACGAAUUUUUUCUUGUAAUGUGCAGACUAAGACAAGGGUUUCAUGAAGAUCAUCUUGCUCACUUGUUCAACGUGUCAACACCGACUGUAAGUCGGAGAGUCAUAACAUGAAUCAAUUUCAUGUACUUUAAGUUUGUUCACAUUAACAUUUGGCCUUCAAGGGAAGUGAUAGACAGAACAAUGCCUGAAGCAUUCAAGAAUAAAUAUGGGAGUACGCGUGUGAUAAUUGAUUGUACGGAAGUAAGAUGCCAGAUGCCAAGUAGCUUACAAUUGAAUGGAGAGCUCUUCAGUAGCUACAAACAUCACACCACACUUAAGGGUUUGGCGGGGAUUUCUCCUGGAGGAGCAAUUACAUUCAUCAGCCAAUUAUAUACUGGAAGCAUCUUUGACAGAGAGAUUGUUAGAAGAAGUGGCCUUUUAGAAUACCCUUCAAGGACAAAGACUCCAUAAUGGCAGAUAAAGGUUUCACUAUUUCAGAUUUGUUGCCUUUGGGAGUUUCACUCAAGCUUCCACCUUUCUUGGGAGGAUCAAAUCAAAUGCCCGCAGAAGAUGUGGUACUGACCCAAGAAAUUGCUAGUCUCAGAAUUCAUAUUGAACGGGCAAUCAACAAGAUAAAAAACUUUCACAUCUGGGACAGAGUAGUACCCCUUCACCAAAUAGGUGUUGUAAACCAAAUGUGGGCAGUGUGUGCCUUCUUGUGUAAUGCACAACCCAACAUAAUAUCAGUGUGAUGAAAUGGUACACUAAAAUUGGUAAUUAUUUUGUGUAUAUAAAGGUGAUAGAAAUUACAACAAAAUAAACUCCAAAUCAAUCACUUUUUUGGAGAAAAUUUGCAUUGCAUUUGUUAUUUUCAAGGAAAAAUACCUAUUGCUUGGUAUGCCUCUGUAGUCACGUUUUUUCAACAGAAGACACUUCCUUUAUAGUUAAAUAAAAGACAAAGGGAAACAAAACAUUGCUACACUACUUUUAAUGACCUCUGAAUUCCUUAUACUCUGUUGGUUGGUAGAUAAAGAUCAUGUUUCAGAAUAUUAUCCAUACCUAUCCCAUGGAAGGUCACUGGAAAUUCCAAGAGAGCAGGAAGAGUCUCGAAAACUUAAACUUUAAACGGAGAGUACAAUAUUAUCAACUGAAUUUCUGGAUGGUUUUGGUCACUUCAACUUCCAUGAUUGGCUGUGGGGCAAUAUUUGAACCCCCACCUUUCUUAUGCCAUUGCUGCAAUUGAGAUGUGCAGGCUAUGGGUGCAUGUGAAUCUUCCUCUUCCAACAGAUCUUUUGUUGAGGCACAGUUAAAUAAGGAAAACUUACAUAACUUGAACAUGAGGGCCAACACAUGAUUGCAGAAUCCCACCUUGCCGGCUAUGCACGAACAGCAAGCACUCCUUACUCCGCCAGGUAAGAUGCAUAGGGCAAUCUUUAGAGUAUGUGGUGGGUCAUUCUUCCGAAAGCUAUGGCAGCACUUGCUUUUGAAAUAAAAAUACCUUUGGUCACUCGUACACUGAAUUUCCUCGAGAUAUUCGUCAUCCAAGAAUCGUUUGGCUUUUAACAAGCUUGUUGGGACCAUGUGGUGGUCUUUGUCCGCCAUGGAUUUUCCCGAAUUUAAGAUAUGGCGAUUCAUUUCGACUCUGGUAAACAUUGACAUUUUCUCGAGCGAAGUGCCCCAACCGUCGUCGGGAAACUGCACCAAAAUACCCUCUUCUUCGCUAACAUCAGUGAAGGUGCUCAAUCGCUCUUUUCUGCGACUGUAAAUCUUGUUUGGAUCUGGGUCAACAAUAAUUUUUAUCUUUGCCAGUUCUGAUGUACUCGGACACUCGUUUCACGAGCUCCGCUUUUGUCUUCAGACCUUUUCCCAAAUCACCCCGGCACUUAAGCCACAAACAUAGUUCUGUGUUUUUCAGCUCUUCAGGCUUUUAUCCAAGCAGAGAAGCGCCUGGAAUAUCAUCUUCCGUAAGAAAAAUCGCACUUGCGUAAACUACUCAAGGAGAACGCCAUAAUUAUACUAUGAAAGUUUGAGGCCUUUGUGACCUCGUUUUCAUGCCGUUCUCACCAGGCCUCGCGCUAAGCCCGCUAUUAUGAAAGUCAUCUAUGGAGUUUAGUAAACUAAUUUUUUUUUUUUAUGUAGACCAAAUGCCUUAUAAUUUGCGCUGGUAAGAUAACACCAAGCAUACAACAAUUCCAGAUGUGGAUGUUUACCACAUAAUUAAUUGUGUCUGUCUUGAAAUGCAAAGUUUGUUUGUUUAUCUAAUUUUUGUGUGGUUUCCUAGCAAUCUCCGGAGAGAAAGGAAGGAAGGCCCUGCUAAGAGAGAUCGAGUUAUUAAAACUCUUUGGAAGGGAGGGCCAUGAAAAUGUUGUUAAGUUCAUUGGUUGUGUCACAGUUGGAGGUAAUCAGCUAUUGUUAUGAUUAUAAUCAGCUAAUUCACAGCAACGAUUGAGGCAUCUCUGAGUUCAACCACUGGUACAAUUACUUCUAUCAGUAUUCUUAGUCCUUGCUAAGAUGGUGUACUAAUUCAAUGGUUAUUUUCAAUUUUUUGACUUUUUUAAAUGAAUUUACUUCGCAUUGUAUGAGAGGCAUUUUACUUGGAAGAUGUUAGCUCUAAAAUCUACAUGCUAAUUGUGAUAAAAACUUCAACUUACGAUGGCAAGUCUUUGUCUAUUUAUCUGCCAUCUCUGUUUUUUCUGUCUGUCUGUCUGUAGAUUUCUAUCGGCCGUAUUUGUCCGUCUAUUUUCUAUCUGUGUGUUUUCUUCUUUCACUUUCCCUCUCUGUCUCUACUUUGAUUCAUUACAGAUAUAACUUGAGGUAUGACUAGAUAAAGCAUGUACAAUUCAAACACGUGUUGGAACUUCUGCACUGCUUGCCGUAAAAUAAUUUUCUUGUUUUUCCCUUUUAGCUCAGCCAAUACUUAUCAUGGAGUACCUGUGGCGAGGUGACUUGCUGGGUUAUCUCAGAAAAUCCAGGGGGGUUUUCGACCAAUAUCAUCAUGGGGUCGGAAUUGUCGACCACUUGACAACAUAUGACAUGGUGCUGUUUGCUAAACAGAUCGCACAUGGUAUGACUUUCCUCGCGUCCAGAGGGGUAAGUGCUCAAACUCUUUCUGGUCAGCAUGUGGUCCUGCAUGUGAUAAAAUGGCAUGACUUGCAAAUCCCCAAAGUAAUACUCCAUACGGCUAAAAAUAUCCAGCACAUUAAAGUCACUAUUUCACAAAGAAAUGGUUUGACAUUAGCAUGACGUUAAACUUUCUACAUAUAUUUUACUUUUUUAUUUUAUGUAGUUUAUAAAAGUCCCUUUUAGCAGAUCAUAUAAUAUUUGUUUUCGAUUUCAGAUAAUUCAUCGCGAUCUUGCAGCUCGUAACAUCCUUCUUGAUGAGCAUCGUGUCUGCAAGUUGACUGACUUUGGGCUCUCUUAUCAGGAUUUCAAAUACGGCCCAGGAAAUGCCAAGAAGGUAAUUUUCAGGAUUUUUUCAUCAUUUAGUCAAUUGGUUUUGGGGCUGCUGGUAUGGAAGAUAAAAAUGUGAAGAAUUAAAAUAUUACUGUCCUUACAAAACUUUCUUUUCAGUUAUAGAGUCUUACUGCAAAACAUAUUUCCCUUUAAUGAGAAGCCAUUCUAAGCGUAUCGAAGCUUUCACAGAAAAAAAAGAAUGAACACAGGAAAUAAGAAAGCCGGAAGAGAUAUUGUUCUCUGAAUAACAAAGAUACAAACUCGAAGGGCAAAGUAACAGAAAAAUUUAAAGCAAAAGGAGUGUGUGAAUUGUUUUCAUAGAAUUUGUACAAAGGUGUCUACUGCUAUUGACUUUAUCGUGAAUCCUCACAUCACGGUUUUAAUCUGAUAUACAAAUUAUUUUAGGAGCUGUAUACAAGCCUCUUUAGAUUUCAGAUGUUUAUAAUAUUUUGGUUACUCAUCCAGGGAUGUAUCCCAAUCAAAUGGACUGCACCCGAGAUUCUCUUUGGACAUGUGGAACAGCUGUCAACCAAAAGCGAUGUGUACGUACUGUAUUGGUUAUUAUCUACAUAUAUUCCUAGAGUGAAUAUUUUUUACGAUUCUACUUUAACGUAGCGAGGGAAACUAGAAAAUUCGGUGCUCUAUUGAUUAGAGAGUCAUUAGGAAACGUCAAGCUGAGGAACAGCUGAGGUUACAGUUGUAGUAUGAGACUUUAUAUGAAUAUUAAGUUUAACGACCACUAUCCAAAAUCUGAUUAGGACAAAAAAAGACGGAUGAAAGGAUGAGUGGAUAAUCAAACUAAUAAAUAUGGCGUUUUCUCCUAGGGAGGUUGCUUAUAUCUUGAUGGCAUGUUUUUAAACAUCCCAGGUAUCUGAGUAAUUAUUAUCUUUCUAACCCAGUUGAGAUAUAUCGUCAUCCUUCCAUUUCUUUGACAGGUGGUCCUACGGCAUCGUCUUGUAUGAAAUCUUCACUGUCGGUAUUUAACUUAUUUGUUACUUUAUAUUCAGGAAAUAUACCUGCCGAAAUUGCACGCAUAAUUACUAACUGAUGAGUGAUACCGAGCGGGCAAAAGAGCAUUGUACAAUAGGGAAGUAGAAGCAACACUCAAUGGCGCUGAUAAAUAAAAUUAUGACGAUGCAUAGCAACUUGAAAUAAAGCUUAAGUUUACGUAGAACUGAAAGUAUUUAGUACAUCAUUGAAAAACCUUAAAUCCAUCGCUACACUUAAAUUUGUUUUUUUUACAGUACUCUUUCAUCUGAUGUAAAACCGAAGUGAAUUUAAGCAAUUAAUUGUCGUUUUGACAGAAGAAUCAUUUCGAUCGCGCUGAGAGGAAUGAAAGUGAUUACAACAAAAAAGUGUGCUUUUUUGGCCAACAGAAAAAAACAUUAUUUUUCCACAGGAGGCAUUCCUUACGAUGGAUGGUCUCAAUCCACGACAAUGAAAAAAAUCGAAGAAGGUUAUCGUCUGCCAAAGCCUGAACAUAUCGACGACAGUUUGUAAGUGUUGCUUCCUCUGUGUGGAAUGUUAUAUAAGUCAAAAGCAACAUCGAUUGCUGCUGUGGUCAGGUGUUUUUGAUACACUCGCUCUGAAUAAGUAGCCUUCCUAAGAAAUUAAUUUCAUCUAAUCACUACAAAAAUUAAAAUGAAAAGUUGUUGAGUCAAAUAAAGAAUACGAUGGGUUUUUCAUCACAGAAUUCGUUUGAGCUGCAAAGUAAUGAGAUAAACUUAGCAUUUCAGUUAUUUUUGUAACUAGUUGUGGUUUCUCAACUUUGCUACUCGCAAUAUUAAUGCCUACUGCAGAAUUACUGAGAUCAUAUGUCCCUGUGUUUUUCUAUAGAUACGCAGUGAUGUUAAGCUGCUGGAAAUACGAAAGCGCCAGCCGGCCACACUUUGUGAAGCUCUACCAAACAAUGGAUACAUAUAUUAAAACAAAGGUUUGCCAUACAGCGUCUAAUUCAGUAUACACUUCAGAAAUUGAAAUCUGUAUCCUACCAAGUCAAUUGCGAAUUUCUUUUCACGUCAAUGUGAUGUCAAAACGCAUUAACUACCUAGCCGCUAACAAUUUGUGAAUUCAGUUUAAUUUCAUCAUGAGCCAAUGUUACUUUUAAACAUAUGCAAGUGUGGUUACGUUAUGUCAGUCUGGAUCAUCCUUAUUUUCCCUCUGUUGUUUACACACAAGAAAGAACGGAACAGAUCUUAAAAUAACACUUUUGGAAAACUUUGACAGAAAGGAAGACCAUACCUGACUUUCAAUUCAUGCAAGUACUAAUGGUUCUUGUCUUUGUGAUUGAUAUCUGAUCUGCUCUUUUUUUUCUUUUUAGUGACUCAUUUUUGGAAUUUCUUUGUUGAAUUUUUUAAAUUCAUUCGUUCAAGUUUUAUUAACUCCUGUAGUUCUUGAUAACCUUCUAAUCUUUUUCAUAGACAUAUGUAGAUAUCUUUGACGAUGACAAGUAUGAUCAGGAUAAGUACAACUUUGUCGAUGACCGUGGAGCUGUUGCAAACCCAGAAGAUGCAGGACCGGACGAGCUAGGAGCAGCUGCAGCAAAUCCCAUCGGUGAAGUGGGUGAACACGGUGCUACGGCACAUCCCUUUCUGGUUGCAGUGGACGAUGAUGCUACAGCUUUCCCUCUUGGAAUUAACGCAGGAGACGAAGGAGCACCUGCAACGGAUCCCGACAGUGAAGUGGGUGAACACGGUGCUACGGCACAUCCCUUUGUGAUUGCAAUAAACGAUGGUGCUCAAGCUUUCCCUUUCGCUAUUAACGUACCAGAGAAAGGGGCAGCUGCAGCAAAUCUCUCCCAUAAAGUGGGUAAGCACGGUGCCGCUGCACAUCCCUUUGUGGUUGCAAUUGACGAUGGUGCUACAGCUUUCCCUUUCGCUAUUAACGUACCAGAGGAAGGAGCAGCUGCAGCAAAUCUCGCCCAUGAAGUGGGUAAGCACGGUGCUAUUACACAUCCCUUUGUGGUUGCAAUUGACGAUGGUGCUACAGCUUUCCCCCUCGCUAUUAACUUACAAGACAAAGGGGCAGCUGCAGGAAAUCUGGCCCGUGAAGUGGGUAAGCACGGUGCUACCGCACAUCCCUCUAUGGUUGGAAUUGACAAUGGUGCUACAGCUUUCCCUCUCGGAAUCAAAGUAGAAGAAGAAGGUUGCGCAGCAUACCCUUUUGAGAGUGAUAAGAAAGAUAUGGAUGCCCAAGCGUACCCUUUGGAGAGUGAUACUUUACCAUACCUUAGCGAGAACGAGGAAGAAGAUGUUGAUGACUCCGAGUGCCCUCUUGCGAUUGAGGAAGAAGAAAUUGAUCCUUUACCAUCCUCCCUGGUGAUGGACGAAGACGGUCUAGCUGCUUCAGCAUGUCCCCUUGUGACUGACGAAGAAAAUUCUGAUUCUCUAGCAUGCCCCCAUGUGGUUGAGGAAGAAGAUUCCAAUAACUCAGCAUGCUCCCCGGUACUUGGGGAAGAAGAUUUGGAAGCCACAGAAUGCCUUUCUGUUACUGAAAAAGAAGAUCCAACCUCUUUCGCACGCUCCGCAAAUGAGGCGAACAAACCCGAUGCCUCACCAUUCCCUCGUGUGAUUGAAGAGGAAGAUCUUGAUUCUUUAGAAUACAAUCCUCUGAUCGAAAAAGAAGGCGUCAGUGAUUUCGUGUUCCCUCCAGAAAAUCAAACUAAUGACGAAAAAGGUGUAACAAGUGAACCUGAAAAUACCGUUGGUUAUGAAGGUGCUGUAGCAGUUCAAUCUGAAAAGGAGGCAGUAGAAGAAGAAUCUAAGACUUGCCUACUAGAGUACACGAAGGAUGAACAAGACGAUCUUGGAAACUAUGUGGACGACCAAAGUGAUGCUUUAGACCUUUUUGACGGAGACGCUGGCUUACAAGAGUAUGAUGCUAAUCAACUUACUGCUGCGGAUAUAGACGAAACUGGAAGUGACGAAGACGAGGAGUCAUCUGAAGCAACUCCUCUUGUGCAGGACUGA